UCAGACCUUUUUAACUUUUAACAUGUCAGACACAAAUUUGACCGAGGCACAACAACUUGCUGCCAAUAAUAAGGCAAAAGCUCUCGAACGAUUAAGACAGAAAAGGCAAGCUAAUGGUGAACCUCCUUCUACCAAUGCAGCUCCACCGCCCAAAAAGGCGAAAUGGAUAAAGUCGUUCUAUGAAUAUGACAUGAGUACGUUAGUUGAUUCUAAAGGUGGUUACCUUGUAGACGACGUUGAGGUGAACAAAUCGAUGGAAGAAAGAAAUAAACGAAGAGCAGAAUACGAACCUUAUUACCCUCCUUCAUUGGAAGCCCAUGAAAACCCCAAAUGCAAAGAAUGUGAUUCCAUGGAUCUCGAUCCCAUAUUUUUCAACGUAUUUCAUAUUUUUCUUUGUCCAGUUUGUAAGGAAGAAUUUCCAGAAAAAUACAGCUUAAUUACAAAAACCGAAGCCAAAGAAGAUUACCUAUUGACAGACCCCGAGUUAAAGGAUCCUGAAUUAUUACCACACUGGUCAAAACCCAAUCCUCACAAAUCUACUUGGAAUGAUAUGAUGCUUUACGUUCGAGAAAUGGUCGAGGAAUACGCCUACAAGAAAUGGGAAGGGCCAGAGGGUUUAGAUGCAGAAUAUGAACGAAGAGAAGCUCAAAAGAAGGAUCGAAAAGAAAAGAAGUUUAAAGAAAAGCUUGCUGAUUUACGAAGAAGAACAAUGACGAGUAGUUGGGAGAGAAAACGGCAAGAGGGUCCUCACAAACAUGUUUUUGGUCCCUCUAUUGAAGACAAUGGUAGCUCCACUCAGAAAUGUGAAAGCUGUGGUUUAGUAAUUGAAUCAGAGGAAUUUUAAUGCGCAAAGAUUAACAUCCCCCCCUAAAGACGGGGGAAAUAGAAAAAAUAAAAAAUCAACAUUAUCAU